GGGCAGGUCUUUGCAUUUAUUUUUCCGGUCCCGAUGAAUGUAUUGGGUGAUUCUAUUGGGCGAUGUGGAGGAUAAUGUAGUCACAACACUGGUUAAUAUUGAUGAACUUCUCCCACCAAUGAGAUAGGGACCAGGGAUUUAACAACGUCAGUGCCAAGAGUGAGAGGGACAGUCCUGGGCAGAGCACUCUGGCAGGAACUUUAUCCCUUCACACUCACUCAGCUGUUCUCUUUACUCGUUGGGGAUUAACAGAAAAGAAAAAAAAAUACACCACAAGAAAGAAAGAGUUUGGGUUUUUUUCUUUACCAGAGAGAGAGAGAGAGGGAGAGAGACUUCCCUGGAGUGGAGAGGGAGGUAUGGCUCUGACAGAUACAAUGCUUCCCUCCAUCUCUACCUUUUCCAGUCACUCUUUAGAGCACAAACAAAUCAACAGGUGGAAAGUGGACGAAUCGGUCUCCAAGUGUGGCUAUGAGAUCAGGCCGGUCAACCUCGCCGCCUUCAACUCCCUCGACAGUUCCUCCAUCAAGAAAGAAGAUGACGAACUCGGAAAAUUCCUGGACCUGGAUUUUAUUCUGUCCAACUCGAUGAACCCUGAGAAUAAUGGGGUGCAUCACUCAACCUAUCCCCUGCCUGAGACCCCAGAGAGCUGCAGUACAGUGUACGACAGUGACAGCUCCUAUCCUGCCACCAAUACCUUUGCCAAUGGGAAUUUCUCAGACAGCCCAAACCCCAGUCUAGUGGCUGAACUCCUCACCCAAGAUCUGCCCAGCAGCUUCCAGGUGGGCUGUCAGGACUUUGACUCCAAGGGCACCGUGGAGAGGCGGGAAUACACCGAGCUCAGGUCCCCAAACAUGAACACUUCCAUCCAGAGAUCCCAUCCCAUCCCGGCUGACCCUCGGCAUCACCUGGGACACAAGAUCAAACAAGAGCCACAGAGUGGACAGUCCUGCAUGUUGGCAGCACAUUCGGAUUGUAUGGGGACAAUCCUGGACCAAAAGGCACCCCCAAUGCCAAUCCACCAUCACCCUCCUCACCCUCACCCUCUUCCUCACCCCCAUCACCAACAUCAGCACCAUCACCAGCACCAGCAAGUCCACCAUCAUGGCUUUGGUCAUCACAGGGCUCCCACUACCAGCGAGAUGCUGGCCAAAGACUGCUACCCCCCAACUCAUGACAUGCAUCGCCGCCAACAAGCCAUGUCUGUCCCUCAACAGUACCAGAUGCUCAACGGCUACCCUGUCCACUACCCUCACCAACCCCCAACCCAAUUCCCAGGACACUAUGUGUACAGAGACGCCUUGAAGGUCCAGCUGGGGAUGCACAGACUCAUGCCCACCCCUCCCACCUCGCCUCUCAUGGACCUCUUUGCUCCUGUUGGAGUCCCAGAUGAUACCAAGCCCAAACGGGGGCGCAGGUCUUGGGCCAGGAAACGCACAGCCACUCACAACUGCGAAUACCCGGGCUGCGGGAAAACAUACACCAAGAGCUCACACCUCAAGGCUCACAUGAGAACUCACACAGGUGAGAAACCUUACCAUUGCAACUGGGAAGGUUGUGGUUGGAAAUUUGCUCGAUCGGAUGAACUAACUCGCCACUAUCGCAAACACACUGGUCACCGACCCUUCCAAUGUCACCUGUGUGAGCGAGCUUUCUCCAGGUCCGACCACCUUGCCUUACACAUGAAGAGGCACCUGUGAGAACAAUACACACGGCCAAAACCAAGGGACGUUAUAUUUAUGCAGAUCAGAUUAUUUUAGAAUAACUUUUUCCUCACUGGGUAAUGACUAAUUUAUGUCGAUAAGAGAACGUCAAAAAAAAAAGCAGCACUAAAUUAUUACUCAGUAUUUUUUUAAAAAAAAUGUCACCCCUGCCUGAUGUUUUUUUUAUUCCAAAGAAAAAAAAGGUGUUAUAAUUUUUACAAUUGAAGCCUCGAUAAGGGGGUGGGGAGGGGGGGGAGCAGGGAAACAAACAGGGCAGGACCCCGUGGUAUGUAUAUAUUCAGUGUGUACAGCCAAGAUGUUUGAAUUCAAAUUGAAUACUCAUUCAGCAUCAGAAAAACAGAUAGUGCAGAUGUAUUAACGCAUGCUUUAGACAGCCUAACACAAUACACCUGUUUUGUGUAACUUUUUCUUUGAGGGGGGAAACAAGGGUUGAUUCAAGCAGGCACUAAAAUGUUUGAUGGGGAAAAAAAGAAUUAAACCCAGGUACUGUUGUAACUGCCUUGGAUUGAAGUUAUUGUUAAAACGUUUCUUUCUGUUUGUUUUCAUCUGUUUAGUUGCAACCCAAAACACAACCAGCUCUGUGUUACUUUUAAUAUACUUGAAAAACCUUUCCAAAAGUAAAUAUAGCUAUAAAAAUAUUUGUUUUU